AUGUCAAGGGAUGAGGGGUGGAUUGCCACCACUGAAGUGGAACCCAAAAUCCACCGGCAGCCACUUGAUCGAAGCGGCUUCGACUCAAGAACGGGCAUCUACCACUCACUCGACCAACUAGGUGAGCUUGACAAGAUCCUAACUAUCCCCAAACUUGACACGGCCACAUUCGUGCUAUCAAAAUUCCCACCCCCGGACCUAGCCGAGACACGAGUUGCACUCAUUGACUCGGUCACUAACCGUCGAGUCACCUACAUGCAACUCCAACGCUCUAUUCGAUCGCUCGCCACCGGCUUGUGUCACGGGCUCGGGGUUCGUAAAGGCGAUGUUGUGUUCGUCUUGUCCCCGAACUCGCUCUUGUAUCCCACUAUUUGUCUUGCUGUACUCUCUGUAGGCGCCAUCUUGACCACCGCAAACCCUCUGAACACCGAGUCAGAAAUAGCAAAACAAGUACGCGACUCAGGUGCCAAACUCGCUAUUGUAGUACCCGAAGAGGUACAUAAGCUACUCUCUACCGGAGUGCCUACACUCCUUACUUCUCGUCCAUCUGAUGACAGUUCACUUUCCGUAGAAGAGCUGAUCGAUGGCUGCGAACCACUAGAACUCCCACAACCAAGGCCAACCCAGUCAGAUACUGCGGCAAUACUAUACUCUUCAGGCACCACCGGAACUAGCAAAGGUGUGAUAUUAACCCAUGCAAACUUGAUAUCCAUCAUGACACUCCUCAAAUGGAGUGUGGACGAAACAUCGUCUCAAAACGACAUAUUCUUGUGCUUCAUACCGAUGUUUCACAUCUAUGGCCUCGCUUUCUUCGUGCUAGGCUUGGUUUGUGCAGGUACUACCACCGUGUUAAUGCCAAAAUUCGAUUUCCAAGCCAUGCUCGAUGCGAUUCAAACACACCGAGUUAGUAACAUUCCAGCGGUUCCUCCAGUCAUUCUUGGGUUGGUGAAGUAUACUGGCAAAGGUGGCCAUGACUUGUCCUCCCUGCGAAAGGUGGGCUCAGGGGCUGCACCAUUGAGCAAAGAGGUGGAUGAGGGGUUCAGAAAGAAGUUCCCAUGGGUUGAGCUAAGGCAAGGCUAUGGGUUAACUGAGAGCUCUGGUGCAGCCACGUUUUUCGUAUCUGAUGAAGCAGCUAAGACUCAUUUGGGCUCGUGUGGAAGGUUGAUUCCUAGUUUCUGUGCUAGGGUGGUGGAUUUUGAAACCGGAGUGGCGUUGCCACCCUGCCAGAAAGGAGAGCUGUGGCUGAAAAGCCCAGCUGUGAUGAAAGGGUACUUGGGAAAUGAGGAGGCUACGGCUGCAACCAUUGACACAAACGGAUGGCUGAGAACUGGUGAUCUUGGUUAUUUCGAUGAAGAUGGGUUCCUCUACAUUGUUGAUCGGAUCAAAGAGCUAAUCAAGCAUAAUGGGUACCAGGUAGCUCCAGCAGAACUGGAAGCAAUACUUCUAAGUCAUCAACAUAUUCUUGAUGCAGCGGUUAUACCAAUUGAAGAUGUGGAAGCAGGACAGAUACCAAUGGCAUAUGUGGUGAGAGCAGCUGGUUGUGAACUCACUGCAGAUCAAGUCAUUCAGUUUGUUGCCAGCCAGGUGGCCCCAUACAAGAAGGUAAGAAGAGUAGGCUUCAUCGAUGCCAUCCCAAGGUCAGCUGCCGGCAAAAUUUUGCGUAAGCAGCUAGUGUCUCUAAGCCAACAGCAAGUCCUCUCCAAGUUGUAA